GAAACUCCAUUUAUUCCCACCAAACAAAAGCACUAAUUUCCAACCUCAAUUGAUUGGUAGUCGGAGAAUUUUAGCAGUUCAAUCCAAUGAUUCCUAAAACCUUCCAACUUUUUGGAGCCAUUUUGCUUCUCUUCUUGAUUCAGUUACCGAACACCAUCCAAUCAAAACCAAGUGGAAACCCUUUUGGGUUCAUCCAGCGCCUUGAGGGAUGCCACAAGGGUGAAUCUGUAAGUGGGCUCAAGGAUCUUAAACGAUAUCUUGAGAAAUUUGGCUACUUGAAUUAUGCCAAAAAUAGCGGCAACAACCAUGCAAAUGAUGAUGAGUUUGAUGAUCUUUUGGAGGGAGCGAUCAAGGAUUACCAACACUUCUAUCACCUGAAAGCCACUGGAGUCCUAGACAAUAGCACAGUGUCUCAAAUGAUGAAACCUAGAUGUGGGGUCCCAGAUGUUGUUAGAAAUGGCACAAAUAAUCACUACCAUAAUCCCAAAUCUAUCCAUUCAGUAGCCCAUUUCAACUUCUUCCCUGGACCCCGAAGAUGGCCAGCUGAGAGAAGCCAUUUAAGAUACAGGUUUCGUUCCAGUGUCCAAGUCCCUGGAACUGAAAACUUCAGGUCCAUAUGUGCACAAGCAUUUCAGAGAUGGGCACAAGUUACCCACUUCACAUUCGAGGAAGUUGAUGCUAAUUCUGAGGCAGAAAUCGAGAUUGGAUUUCACAGGAGGUUCCAUGGAGAUAGUGACCCCUUUGAUGGAAGGUCAGGGACUUUAGCACAUGCAAGUGCACCAACUCAUGGAAGGUGCCAUUUUGAUGGAGAUGAGAUAUGGAGUGCAAAUCCUGGACCUAAUGAGGUGGACUUGGAAUCAGUUGCAGUGCAUGAAAUCGGGCAUCUUCUAGGUCUAAACCAUAGUGAAGACCCAAAUGCUAUAAUGUAUGCUAGAUUCAGUUAUGGGAUUACCAAAAGGGAUUUGGGUACUGAUGAUAUUCAAGGAAUUCGUACUCUGUAUGGAUUGCAGUAAUGAGUUCAUUAUUCUUAUUACAAUAAGAGCAACUGAGAUCCAAUAUGCUUUGGAGGGUUUAGUGCUACGUAGUUUGAAUAAUAAUAUUUUUUAUAAUUCUCAUUUGUAUCACUAGGAAAUAUAUAAAUAAAAGAAAUCUCAUGGUUUUGUAAUUUCAAAUCCUUUUAAAGCUA